UUCAGUGAAAGAUCAUUUCUGCUCAUAUUUUCAGUUUAUUAAUGAGCCACACUUAAAUAUCAUUAUGUUAGAAUUGGUCCAGUUUGGCUCAGCACAGCACCAACACCACACUGGACUGAAGUUACUGCAGUGUUCACAGGUAGGCUACAAGUCUUUUUUUAUAUUCAUUGUAAAUUAUUUAUACUAAGAUAUGGCAUCUAUGACAGUGAACUGGUAUUGAGUUUUUAAAAUCAAUAUGUCACUAUUUGUUACUAAGUGGUUUUCAAUGUCACAUGCACAUUAUUUUGUACAACUAACAGUAAAUUUGUGAGCGAUUUCCAAGGUCAAACUUGUUAUUAAAUCACCACAAUUUAGCUUGGGUAAAAACCCCACAAAAAUGGGUCAAAUCAACCCACUGGUACAGGAUAAACUUAAUCCAGUAUUGUGUCAGUGCUAUGUUAACACAAACUGGGUAAUGUUACUGUGUGUGAUGACAUUCAUGUGGUUGUAUUGAAAGUUGAAUCAAUCAGAUUGUUCUCAUCCAAGUCCCCUAGCUACAAAGUACUUACAAAACUGAGUUACCAGAACUGGAACUGGAACCUCACCAUAUAAAUUAUUACACCGUCAAAUCUAUACUUUCUGGAAAAAAAUUAACUGCAUGGAAAAUUCUAAAGAACUAGAAAAUAGUUAACAUUAAUGUGGUGUCAGCGCUCAAGCUACUGAGGCUAGCUGCUUCGCCUUAGCUAAAAAUAGUUUAUACACUUUUCCUGUAAUAAAAAUUGUGUUAUUGAAAUUUUAUAUACCAUAAAUAACACAACGGCUAAAUAAAAAAAAAAGGUACACCUGAAAAAAUGGUUGUGCUAAAUGCUAACUAACCUAGCUAGCAGAAAAACGCAGGAUUUUAUUGUGGAAGAGCAGAGCGGAAGCGACUCUUAUUGCGGAGAGCCUGUGAUGCAGCGGGCGGAAACAGCGGAGGAGCUGAACCGUGAAACUGAGCAGUUUUUGUAUAAGUUUUUAUCGCUUUGUUCCGGACUUGAUCCGGGUCCCACUGAGAAUCGGCGUGAACCCACCGUUAGGUUUUAGCACGCUAGCUUCAGAAUGAGUCCGGCUUGGUUCUGAAAAAGGGUACAGUUUGAAGUCAAAACAUGUCGGAAGGAAACCCGAGGGGACAGUUUCUGUACAACCUGCCGUCCUCCGUCCACUGGGAGUUCUGCCGGGUCAUGGACACACUGUCAGACCUGGACUGGACACGUUUCGCCUCAGCAGUGCUCAGUGAUCAGACCACUGUACGAUUGGCUGAGAGGAGGGAGAGGCGGACCGACUGGGUGAUGAACCAAUGGGAGAGCAGGAACGGUCGAGUUGGGGAGCUGAUUGACCUGUUAGACUGUCUGCAGCUGCUCCGCCCACGUGAUGUCAUCCUGGGCUGGAUCUCCAGCCUGAGAUCUUCCUCCUCUCCCUCUCCUCCUUGUCCCACUGCUCCUCAUCCUCCCCCUGUCUCCUUCUCUCAGUUCGACCCUCCUCCCAAAUCGGAGGCCCCUCCCACACUGAGCACCUGUAUACUGAGCACAACAGUAGAUAAAGGAGGAGGUCUUCCCAGGCCUGCCCCGCCCCCUUCCAUUCUGCAGUCCAACCGCCACCAACCCACCCAGCCCCCCCCAGUGGCGGCCUGUGACAGCAGAAGCGGGGUGAUGUGCUGGUCAUAUGAAGAGGUACAUGCUGGGACAGGGGGGUUCUCACCCUCCCUGCAUGUGGGGGAGGGGGGGUUUGGAGUUGUGUACAGAGCAACCCUGAGGAACACCGACUGUGCUGUCAAGAGACUCAAACAGGACUGUCUGCUGGACUGGACUCUGCUGAAGGAGAGUUUCCACACUGAAGUGGACCAACUGUCAAAGUUCAGACAUCCCAACAUUGUGGACCUGCUGGGUUUCACUGAGGGAGGAGGAUCAGUGUGUCUGAUCUACAGCUACAUGCACAACAGAUCCCUGGAGGACCAGCUACACAAUGAGAGUACAAUCCUGUCCUGGUCCCAGAGAGUCACUGCUGUUGAAGGAGCAUCCACAGCUCUGCAGUUCCUCCACUCCCCGCCUGAUGGACACCGACCGCUCAUCCAUGGAGAUGUCAAGAGUUCAAACAUCCUGCUAGACCGGCACCUGGUGGCAAAGCUGGCUGACUUUGGUCUGGCUCGGUUUGUCUCUUGUGGCUCGACAGGACGCUCGACGGCUCAGACGGCAUCCAUUGGGAAAACAGCAACGGUCAGAGGGACUCUAGCAUACCUGCCCGAUGAGUAUGUGAGGAACGGAGAGCUGGGGACAUCUGUGGAUGUCUACAGCUUUGGUGUGGUGUUGUUGGAGGUCCUGACUGGCCGUCGAGCACUGGAGAAAGACAGGAAGUCUGGAGAGAGAUUCCUGAAGGACCUGGUGGACAAGGUGGAGGACAGUCCGACUGGCUCGUCUCCAGUAGCCUGGAGGAAACAGCUGGACCACCGGCUGAUCACAGGGGGCUCUGCAGAUCCUGCUGGCUGUCUCGAGAUGGUGGCUCUGGCCUGCAGGUGUUUGGACAAGAAGAGGAAGAAGAGGCCACCCAUGACAGAGGUGUUUAACAAACUUCAGGACAUCCACAACAUGGUGAGGAAGGCCAGCUCCUCCUCCCCCCUCCAUCACCCUCCUCAUGUUCACACCCACUCCGGGUCACUCCCCCAACCCCCUUGCUCCCUGGACUCCAGUGUUGCAGCUCUGUCCAACCAGCUGUCCAAACUGGGACCUUUGGAGGACACCUACCAGCCCUCCCAACUGCCUUCUUCCUCCUUCUGUUCCCUCACCCCUCCUCACCCACUCCACUCCUCCUCCUCCCUGCACCCCUCUUCCUCAUUCAUUGGUCCGUGUGAAACCGACGAGAGUCGGGGUUUCUCCCAGUACAACCCUAACUCCCAGUUCCGAUCUAAUGUGAUCAGCUCCAGGUCUCAGUUCCUGUCCAACAGAGACCAGUAUCACUGUCCAGCUGGGCCCACAGAGUCUCAGUUCUGCCAGCCUUCUGACCCCACUGAUUAUCAGUACAACUUGCCUUCACAGCCUAGAAGCACCCGUGAUGGGUCUAGAGCUGGGGCAAUAGACAAUAAAGGGCAGACCACAGCAGGGGUCACAGCAGCACCAAACGGUGUCCCAGAAUGCCUCUCUCCUGCAGAGUCCCUGCAGUCAUCGUCACCAGGGCGCUCAGAUGGAGAGAAGAGUUCUGUGAUGUCCAGAGGACCAGAGGAGAGCGAUGAGCUGGACUAUCUUCCUGCCAAACACAAAUGACCCAGCAGAAACCUGCACAGGAUGAUGUCUCAUUCAUAAGGACCAAAGAUGAAGAGUGACCGAGUCUGAUGCACUCUGUGAACUUGUAUCACAAUGUCUGUAGAAUAAACUGCCAGAUGUCAACCUACAGGUGGCUCUGAAACUCCAUGCUGUGUUGCAGGUUAUAGAGGUUUGACUCCUUAAGUGUUGCCUGAAAAGAGAAACGGUUCUCUGAUAAACUGGUACUAUUUUAGAAAUGCAAACACAAAUCAUAUAAUCUGAAAAAAGUCUGUCUCCUCACCAUAGUGUUCAUGUUUUCUCUACAUUAAUGUGAAGAAAUCAACGUGAAACAAGCCAAACAUUUCUCUCCAUUACACUGAAAAUCAGCAGCAGUUUAUACAAAUCAAUCACACCCAGAAAUCAGAGCUUUACAUGAAAGUAUGACACCCAGUGGUAAUUUAUUGUUGAUCAGCAUCACUGUGAAAAUAGCCACAGCAGUUUUAAGACUAUUUAUUCACAUCUGUUUUACUCUGGAAUUCAGAGAAACAUUUCAUUAUUUGUAAUUAUUUGUCAUAAAUCGCUAAAAUACAUUAU